ACGUCCAGCCGUCUUUUGAUAAACGCGGUUUAUAUAGGUACACGACAUUUACUCAAAUAAUAGUAAUACCGCGGUAUAGAUAGACGUUUAUAAAACAGUUACAUAUUAUUAUGUAAAAUACAUAAGUCUGGAAAAAUAUUGAAUAAUACAUAAUCAUUUUUUAUAUUUAUAUACUGAUAGGCACAGCACCGAGUAUUCAAUUGUGUUUACCUAUACUCACAUGCGAUUAAUGCAGAAUUAUAUAUCGUCCGUUUUCAUAUAAGGACGUCUAUCAUUCGUUGAAAUGGCCUUGUCGCAUCGUCAUGAAAAACCGAAAAUCUUCACGCUGAUAUACAACCUAUCAGGAGGAGCUAUCAAUGCUCAAUUCAUCAUUACGGUGAUUGCGGCACUGGGAGCGAUAGCCACUGGCACCAUACUCGGAUGGUCGUCAUCGGCACAGACUAUGUUCGAAUCGGACGAGUCGCUGUUGCCGUUUGCGGUCACCGCAAAGGACGCGCAGACGUUCAGCUCGGUGUUUGGCAUCGGCGCGGCUCUGGGAGCGCUACCGGCAGGAUACGUGUCCAGGACGUUUGGUCGACCGGCCAGUAUGAUGUUGUUCGAGGGGUUCCUGUUGGUCGGCUGGGUCAUGCUGGUGUUGCCCACUUCCGUUUGGGUGCUGUCUGCUGGCCGGAUGAUGCAGGGCAUCGGGGCGGGAGCUCUGUGCGCCAUUAUUCCGUCAUACGUCGGCGAGAUAGCUGAGCCUCGGAUGAGAGGUCGUCUGGGAACGAUAUUCCAAUUAUUCAUAGUCAUCGGCAUACUGUACUCGUAUACGUCGGGCGCGUUUAUGAAUUACGUGCCGUUUUGCAUCGCUUGUGCUUUUUGGGUGAUAUUACAUUUUAUCGGCGUCCUGUGCAUACCCGAAUCGCCGUACCAUCUUAUGAACAUCAACGAUCCCGACCGGGCGGCCGCUUCGCUGCAGAUACUCAGAGACUCGUCGGACACAACUGAAGAGUUGGCAUCCAUCAAGACGUUUGUCGAAAAACAGCAAUCGCAAAGUUAUACGGUGUUGGAAGUUCUGUCUGACAAAGUGAAUCGCAAGGCCCUGUUGAUCAGUAUUGGUUGUAUGUUUUUCCAGCAAAUGAGUGGUAUAAACGUGGUAAUAUUUUACAUGACCGAUAUAUUCAAAUCGACCGGCAGCAACAUGAGCCCGAAUACGUGCACCAUAAUCGUCGGUAUCGUACAGCUCGUCAUGACAGUCGUAUCUUUUACGAUAAUCGACAAGAGUGGUCGAAAGGCGUUACUCGUGAUCUCGGCGUUACUGAUGGCGAACUGCUACGCGGGAUUGGGUGGAUUUUUCUUGAUCAAAACGCAUUACCUAGAACUGGCGUCAAAACUCAACUGGUUGCCCCUAGUGUGCAUCGCUGUGUACAUAUCGGCGUUUUCCAUCGGCUACGGUCCCGUGCCAUGGAUAAUGAUGGGCGAAAUAUAUUCGUCGGAGGUGAAGCCGAUCGGGACAAGUCUGACUACCUGUACCAACUGGACGCUAGUGUUCGUGGUCACGUACGUGUCUACCGAGCUAACUCGCUGGCUGGGCCAAGCCGGUUGCUUCCUAACAUUCAGCGCGUUUUGCUUGAUGGGAGCAGCGUUUGCUGCAUCUAUUGUACCGGAAACGAAAAACAAGACAUUGGCCGAAAUACAGCUGAAACUCGUCGGAAAGUCUAAGAUCCUCCCGGUGGCGGUCGAUGUUAUGGAGGCUGUGGAGCAUGAGGCGCCUCAAAUGACUACUACGUUUUCAUAAAUUCAACGUUUAGAUCUUGGUCGACGUUUUCCAAACGGGAUAUCCAAGACCUUCCCUCUCCACCAUGGCCAAUAACUAUAAUAAACUUUUUUUAAGAAAUUCAACCAACUACUUUUGGAGUUAAUAAAUAAUUUUUAUGAAAAAUAAUAAGUCCAUGAUAAUAGAUUUGAUAAAGAUACCUACAUCACCAUGAAAAAAAAAAGCCAUCUGCUUAAUAAUUUAUAUUAAAAUAAGUUAAUUCUUAAUUUAUUAUUUGAAAAUGUGUUCUUUAAGUAUAUAAUACAUAAUACAAUAUAGAAGAAAACUUAGAAGUGAGUAUCAUGCUUAUGAAUCGCCCUGUAAAGUUUUAUAAGAUAUGCUUAGGAGAGUUCUCAAACACAUUUAAGUCUCGCGGCGAAACAUGUUUUUCAGUACUUAUUCAUUUACAAUUAAUGUAUUCCAUAAAUAAUAUAAUAAACCGUAAUAAAAACUCGAUUUGCAUUCUCAUGUUUAACUUACAUUUUUUAUUUUUAUUUUUUAUUACAAUCGAAGAAUAUUAUAGUUAUAUAACAUGUUUUUUACGAAAAUAUUUAUAGUCAGUAAGUUGAAUUUCAAUGGUACAUAAACUGCAAGUAAUAUGCGUAUAGAUAAUACUUGAUGAUUUAAACAUUUUAAACGAAAGGUGUAAAUCAAGACGUGUCUCUUAAACGAAUCGCGUGACCAUUUAUCAUGCAAAGGUCGAAAAUAUAAUAUAUAUUAUCACGACAUCAAUGUGUAUCUAUGGUUGAACAACAAUUUUAAGUUGUAAUAUUAUUCAUAAUAGUUAUUACAUAUCUAUAUUAUAUGCACGUAAAGUUUGUUUAUUUUA